AUGGAGACAGAGCAGGCGGAGCAGGAGGUGCAGGAGGAGCAGCAGCCCAUGGAGGAGGAGUACAGGGACGAGAACGCGGGCAGCGAAGAGCAGAAGGCCAUGGAAGACUUCCUGGCCGGCGCGGAGAGCACCAGCGGUCCGGAGUGGUGCAAGGCCUGGACAGGGCUGCACGUCCCCCGGCAAGCAGAAGCAGAUGUGCUCAGCGUGCUGUUUGAGGUAGGGAUCAAUAAGGAUGCCGCCGACAAGGAGUCCGGAUACUUCGACUUCCUGCCGCGGAUCGUGGUGGAGCUUCUGAGGCAGCACAAGGUCCUCCCCAAGAACGUGGAGGUGGCCUUGAAGGAGGGCCUCAGCUCCAGGCUAGAGACUCUCAUCCAGGCCAACGAUCAAACGUGGCACAUUCUCAGCUACAUGCUGCUGUACUUAUUCCCCAGGUCGCCCAGUACCAGUUGGGGGUAUAAUUUGCCCUGGGAAAGCUGGUGGAGAACCACAAAGGAGGUUUUGUCGGCUGCGCAGAAAUACCGGGCCUUCGACAUCUUGGUGCUGCUUCUGCAGCUAAUGCAGGAGAAGAGUGAGCAUGUCAUUCAGAGCCUGCCAGUCUGGAGCGAAUCGAGAAGAAAAGCCGUCAAAGAGGUGCUAUGUCAGUGGGGUGACAUGGACGAGACUGCGAUCGUGGAAACUCUCUCGGCCUAUGGUGUUGACCUCUGA